ACAGGAGGAGAUGAACAACAGAACAAGUAUUGGAUGACAGAAUUUGAGUGAGAUGCCAAGUGGCGAUUGGAAAGUGAUAAUAACUGUCACAGAGAAGUUUGAUAAUGAUAACCCACACAACACAAGAAUGAAGUUGCGUUUUAUUCCAAACACCCUCUAUUCCUUGCCUUUGCCUUCCCUAUUUAUCAAACUUCCCAUCUCACUUUCAUUCUCUCAUCACCAAACCCAAACCAUUUCUUCAGGAACAAGGAGUUUAGUUUUUCGUGUGCAAAGCAUUGAUAAUAGUUAUUUGAUGGCUUCACAAAAGGAAUUCCCGGAACUGAACACAAAUCUUUACCCGCAAAUAGAACCCUAUGGUACUGGUUUUUUGAAGGUUUCAGAUCUUCACACAAUCUACUGGGAGCAAUCGGGAAACCCCAGUGGCCAUCCGGUUGUCUUCAUUCAUGGGGGCCCUGGAGGGGGAACUUCCCCAAGCAACCGGAGAUUUUUUGAUCCCGACUUUUACCGAAUCAUUCUAUUCGAUCAGCGAGGUGCAGGGAAAAGCACACCCCAUGCUUGCUUAGAGCAAAACACCACGUGGGACCUCAUUGAUGACAUUGAAAAGCUAAGAGAACACUUGGAGAUUCCAGAAUGGCAGGUAUUUGGUGGAUCAUGGGGAAGCACACUUGCCCUUGCAUACAGCCAAUCUCAUCCAGACAAGGUUACUGGCAUGAUCCUUAGGGGAAUUUUCCUCUUAAGGAAGAAAGAGAUUGAUUGGUUUUAUGAGGGUGGCGCUGCUGCUAUAUUUCCUGAUGCUUGGGAGCCCUUUAGAGAUCUCAUUCCAGAAAGUGAGAGAGGAUGCUUCAUUGAUGCCUAUAAGAAGAGAUUAAAUUCUGAUGAUAUCAACACUCAGUAUGCAGCUGCUAGAGCAUGGACCAAAUGGGAAAUGAUGACUGCUCAUCUUCUUCCAAAUGAAGAUAAUAUCAAAAAAGGGGAUGAUGAUUACUUUUCAUUGGCAUUUGCAAGGAUUGAAAACCACUAUUUUGUGAAUAAGGGAUUCUUCCCCUCUGAUUCAUUCCUGUUGGACAGAAUUGAUAAAAUAAGGCAUAUCAACACCACAAUCGUGCAGGGAAGAUAUGAUGUUUGCUGUCCUAUGAUGUCAGCCUGGGAUCUUCAUAAAGCUUGGCCAGAGGCAGAUUUUAAGGUUGUUCCAGAUGCAGGACAUUCAGCCAAUGAACCAGGCAUAACUGCUGAACUUGUGGCUGCAAACGAGAAAUUAAAAAACAUAAUCAAGAACAAAGGGGACUGAAGUGAGUGGACCAGCAAAGAAGAAAAACGGCUGCACUUGGGCGACAGACUAAAAUCAAAUGGUCCAACAUUUAUCUAUCACCAGUUUGUUGUCUUACAAGCAAAAUAUUGCAAGUGGUCAUGCAUUUCAAUAGACUGACUAUAUAUACCCAUGUAAACUCAAAGCUUGUCUUCUUCAUUGUCAUAAUAAAAACACCAGGUUAAACCAUAUUUA